GACGGACUCGAUCGAGCGAACUCCGGCGGCACCUGCUGCCUCUGCUUCAGAUGCUGAUGCUGCUAAUGUUGUGGGCCACAGUCAGCCUGCAGGGCCUCCGCCGCCUCCAGGAGCACAACGGCCCCGAACUGCUGAGGAACGUGCAAUCCGAGCCGCAGCCGCGAAGGAAGCACCGAUCUUCUACAGCUCGUCCUCCUCAUCUUCUCUUUCUGAGGACGGAUCAAGCCAGGCAGGUAUCAGCGAGAGCAGCAGUUUUUCACUGGUGUUGCGUGGAGACGCAUUGGACCGAGCACGAGCCGAAGCCAGUGCCUUGUACCGCCGCGAACUGGAUGAGACAGAUGGCGGCCGUAGUGCUAAAAGCCGGGCGGGAAAGCACAGCUGGUUUCAACGGUCCAUUGCCGCUGAAAGCUGGAGCAACCUGCGUGAAAUUCUGCAAAGGCAACUCACAGGAGAGCGAUUGCUGCAAUGGCAGAACUGGUGUAUGGCCCAUGCAAGGGGCUUCCGCAAGGCAGGCGAAAGGAUGGACUCGGACCUCGUCCGGGGAAGCACCACGGCACAGCGCAUCAAGGAAGGGACUUGGUACAGAAACCGAUGGCACACCCGUGACAGCCCGAACACAGCCACGACGCACCACCAGGCUGUCGUCCAGAUGCUGCUCAUGGCAUACCGUGCCCUGCAGCCUCAGGUUACCGGGCAUCUGCUCGAGGCACCUGGCAGCUACACCACCAACUGCGCCGCUCAGGCUGAAGCCGCAGCUCGAAAGGGCAACCACCGUGACCUCUUCUUGAUAGCUCGCAGGCUGGGACCCAAGACAGCCCAGGGGGUAUCCAGAUUGCAGGGUUCUGAUGGACGGGUCUUGGAUAGCUCCGCCGAGAUGGCAGCAAUCAUCAAGCACAGCCAGGCUACCUUUGCAGCCACACCGGACAACACUGACCUUCAGCCACUGCAGGCUGGCCUUACUUUUUCCACCGCGGAGCUACAAGCAGCCCUGGAUGCCCUCAACAUCCGGAAAGCUGUGCCGAGGCACAUUGCACCGAAUGCUGUCUGGAAGCUCUGUGCAACAUCGGUUGGAGCUCACCUAGGCCCCUGCUUUGAGCGACACUUCCGUCCGCAGUCUACGGACCUCCUGGACGGUAAUGUGGCUUCUCAAAUCCUGGAGCACUUACAGCCCAUGCUUGACCAUAUGCCACAAUUUGCUUACUGCGCGGGCCUUUGCCUGUCCCUGGACCUCAGCAGUGCAUUUGACAGUGUAAGCAGGGACCUGCUCAUCCAAUCACUACUGGACCACCAAGUUCCCAGUGACCUCAUCAAUGUAAUCCAACAACUUCACCGAGGGGCCAAGUACAUCUUUCGAACCUCCCAGGCUCGUGGCCAGGUGACCACCACCAACGGGAUAAAACAGGGAUGUAGAGCAGCCCCCACCCUCUGGGUUAGCUUCACACUCUCCGUUCUAGAGCAUCUUGCACGGCAUCGCAGCCUUAUGUGGGUUCAGAACAUUCUGACCCUCUUCGCUGACGACUUCUGUGGGCAUUGGACCAUCACCUGCCUGCAGGACUGGACAGCUGCGAUCUCCGACCUGACUCUGCUGAUGGAAACGCUGGAGACCUAUCAGCUCAGGGUGAACCUACAGAAGACAGCUCUCCUUGUCAACCUGAAAGGCAAGACGGCCAAGAAGCUUCUACGGCAGCACACCCGCCAGAAGGCGGGAGACACCUUCCUGAUUCUGCAAGUCCAUGGGCGAGAGAAGAUCCUGAAUGGGAGGGGGCCUCUCUCCAUCAAGUACAGGCUGAGGCUGGUCAAGUUGUGUGCGUGUCGUGACCCUGCAAACCAGCCACUCGGCCCUGACCUCAUCAACAACGACAACGUCAUCAUACACCUCAACCACCUUCUUGACUGCUUUCAGGAGGCUCUACGCGGUUUGACUGCGCACAGCCUCACCUCACCGGAGGAGGCGCAGCCCUGCCCCAAUCCGGGAUUCCCAUGCCAGUUCUGUGACUUGGUCCUACCCACCUCUCACGCCAGGCUGAUCCACUCGGCCAUCAAACACCCUGAGCAGGAACCUGUCAUCGUCGAUGCAACGGCCCGAGCCUAUGCGGGAGCAGAAUCCCAAGAGCUCGCGGCCCAAAAUGCGGUGCCACUGAUCUCUGCGGACAUCUUCGCACACUGCAUGCCCUCUGGGGCAGCGGAGACGGGGGCCGAACAGGACUCCCAGCUUCGUCUGAUCAGCAAGCUGCUGCUGAAGCACGAAGAGCAGUUGGCGGCCCUGAGGAAGGACACUCAGUUCGUCCUCUUCUUUCGACAGGACGACAAGUCGAUCCUGCCUUCCCUCAUGAACGUCUCGCGAGAGUGGAAGGCCAAGCAGGCAGCGGGGGAUCAGUCCAUCCAGUCAUCCCAGCGAACUGUUUUGAUCAACUGUUUGCUGAGAGAAUUGUUAGCCCGGAUGCAACGGGUGGUGGCGACGGAACCGGGCAGGGAAUCUCUGAAAAAGGCGGAAUGGCUUACGAGCUCCAACGCUUGGACCUACAUGAGGUGGUCACCCAAGCUUCGGAAACUGGUGGCAGACGAGACAAAGGAGCCCCUGGUUCACGACGAAGCAGUGAGAAUAAUCACAGAACUCCAGAAAUCGAUGCGAGGAGAAAUUAUCCACAAGUUCCAGAGCACCAUCAACCUCGCCAAGCUGGAGGAACAAGGAGCCCAGCAGGCCAUCUUUCACCUAGCAGUAUCACUGCGUGGCUCCGAAGCCACGGAGGUCUACGACCAGUUUCGCCAGCUGGCCGGGCUGUCGUUGACGAAUCUCGCCGGCUUCAGCAUGAAGGUGGACGACCAGCUGCGUCCACCGAUGGCGCAGCAGCUUGCGCAGAUGACUUACGGGGGAG